UCUUAAAAGUGGCAAUGGCAUUAUACAAAUACCCUUUUUCCCUUUCAGAAUGUUUAUGAUAGUUGGUUUUGUUGUUUUUGCAGGACUUCGAACAUUUGACUUACAUUAAAUUGAGUGACUGCGAGUCGCUUGUUAGUACGCCCAACCUCUCAUGUACUCCAAAUCUUGAAAAAUUGAAACUCUGGAAUUGCAAAAACUUGGUAGAAGCCCACGAGUCGAUUGCAAAUCAUGACAAGCUCCAAGUCUUGCAUUUUAAAUGGUGCCCUGAACUUCGUGUUUUUCCAAAUGUGCUUGAGUCAAAAAAUCUUCGAGAUCUCAACUUUUCUGUUUGCUCAAAAUUUGAAAGAUUUCCUGAUAUCCCACAUGAACUCGGAUGCCUAAAAAAACUUUCCAUACUACAUACCGCUAUUAAAGAACUUCCUACAUCAAUAGAAAAUCUUGUCUCUCUAGAGGAAAUGCUUUUAGAUAUUUGCAAAAACCCGGUAAGCAUUCCUUCUAACAUUUACAAGUUACAAAGACUUCAAUGCGUCAAAUCUUCUUUUGGCCCAAUCGUGUUUCCAAACCUCAUGGAUUUAGUUAAUCCGUGCAUGAAGGUUGGACUUUCAAAUUUAAAAGUCUUAGACCUUUUCAAUUGUAAUCUGUCCGAAGUAGAGUUUCUUGAGGAUCUUUCUUGUUUUCCCUUGUUGGAACACUUAAUUCUGUCAGGGAACAAUAUUACUAGCCUCCCUACAUCCAUCAGUAAGCGUGAUCGUUUGUCCAUAUUGUCAGUUAGUUAUUGCCAUCAAUUACAAGAGAUUCCCAAGCUUCCACCAUCUUUAUUUUUACUGCUCGCAAAUGGGUGUGAAUCUCUGCAAACAAAUGGACAUUUAACUUCAAUUGACCAGUGGGUCCAUCGAGGGUUGAGCAUGGUUGACACUGCUUCAAUUGCCAAGAAUUCUCAUUGCACUAUUCUUCUCCCUGAAGGAGAGAUGCCAAAGUGGUUUCAACCAGUUGAAAAAGGAUCUAUAUCUUUCAUGGCUUCAAAGGAUUUAUAUGACAAGUUUCUUGGAUUGAUUUUCUGUGUUGUAUGUAACAAUGGAGGCAAUUAUUCCGGACCUUCCUAUAGUGCAUAUUUUAAUGGCAAAUACAAGAGUAACUACCUAUAUGUCAAACGAUUGGAUCCAGGUGGCAUCUUUAUCAACUAUUUCACACCAUCUUACUUAUGGAAAGGAGUCCAUUUUGAUCAAAUUGAUGGGAGUUAUGCACAAUUCAGCAUUAGAUUUAAUAGCUCAGGUGCAUUCCCUUUGGUCAUGGAAAAGUGGGGAUUCCGAAUAAUAUGCAAGCAACUAGAUGACAAUUUAAAGGCUGCGAUCCGAGACUACAAGUUAAUUGAUCCAGCUUUCCUCUAUGAGGUUGGCCAUGACUCGACAGACCCAGAAGCCCAGAGUUCGCAUAUACAUGAAGACAAUCCAACUGAAAUAGGUCUAUCAAGAAACUUGCAAGAGAGUUCACAUAUGCUCGAAAACAGACUGAUCGAAUUUGAUCUAGAUUGUCCACCGAGUUCUUACGAGCAUGGUAAAACCAUAGACGUGAGACAUCGUGAGGGUCAUCGUCCUGGAUGGUUUCUUCCUGGAGACCCGCGCAGCCUGGGGAACAAAAAGUACAAGCUUUGGUUGGAAGAAUAUGGAGACGAGCUAUGGAUGUAAUUCGUACGUUCUUCCUUUUGGCUAAAUCCUCUUUUCUCCGCCCUAGGCGAAAACUUCAAGCUCCGCCGUCUUCCAUCGGAGGCGACCGACAGAAGAAGUCCCUAGCAAACCGACGGGCGACGGAAACCAGCAAGCGGAGGCAACGGACUACCGCCGUGGGAACCGGUGACGUAGCUUCUUCGGGGGAACGAUUCUCUGCUGAGGUUCCUGGCUUCAUGCAGCUUGCUAUAUAGAUCGGGUAAUGCUUGGCACAUCCAGAUUGUAUCGAGUCGAUGCAAUACUUGAACUGGAUUUUGAAUUCGAUUCGUUUGGUUCUGGAGUUGCGCGGAACUUGAAGAAUGUGUCGUUGAAUUUGUUCGAGAGACGCUGAAUGAGUGUUCUCUUCGGAAGUUUAGUCUGUGGAUGCUUGGUAGUGAAUUCAAUGGUAAGCGACGCUGCACGUUGCAAAAUCAGGGACAAUCCCUAGAAGGUAUGACGAUUCUUUCUUUCUUUUCGUAGGUGGUAAUUUAUUGGUAGGAGUAGGUGAAGUCUAGGUUCAAAGCAAAAACAAGCGAGGGAGAGUGAAAAAUUGAGCCAAUCCGAGUGCUAUAGGUUGGGAACUUCAAUCACUGUGAUAGGACUCUGUUGGUAACUUUUAUGAGGUGCUUGGUGCUUGAAGAGGCAUAACCAUGGAGGAAUAAGAAGUGAGAUGUCAAGCCACCAGGAAAGGUUGAUUGACAGUCAGAGUCCUCUUACCACUUGUCAACUUUGGCAACUAGGGAGAAUUGAAAACCAAAUUUACUUGGAGCAUGAGAGUAACAUGAACAUUGGUUGUGCUCAUGAUUAACUGGUUAGGUGCUUAUUGUCUUUAGUCCUGUGGCCUCUGGAUAUGAAAAAGAAAAAAUUACAAGAAACACGGAGUUUACAUUAUUAGUUAUUCAGUAAAAUAGAGACAAAAGCACAAGAAGCUGAUUGUGAAUUCUGAUUUUUGACGCCUUCACAACAGUUUAGGGUUCCUUUUUUAUCCUUAUCUGCCACAGCUUUUAUGAAGGAAAAUGACCUUGAAGCUAAAACUCCCGUAAGCUUCUUGAAUUUUUGAAAACCUAAUAAUGAAACAUAAGCUUCUGAGGAACCAAUGAUAGGACACGCUGGAAUGAGCAACAUGUAGUUUCUCAAAUUAGUUGCUGUUUUGCUUUGGUGUUGUUAGAGCUAUAUCACUCUAACAGUAGGUGGGAUUUGCGUCUGAGUUAGAGGUUAAGUAUGCGGUGACGAUCGUUGCUUGGAAGUUUGUGACCAGAAUAUUAUAGAGGACCUCCAAGAUCUUGAUCAUAUAGCUAUGAGACAUGCGUUCAUUCCAUAAGUAGCUGCUUAUUGAUAAUGAAAUAUAUCUACUGCAGGCAACUUGAUGCUGAUUUUUUCUUGAAUGGCCUGUAUGCAUGCAUGCAUUUAUGACAUAAUUUCUGACUCUUAUCCUCAUAUUGUUUUCUCUAAACAACUAAAAAGACCUAUUUGUUAUUUUUAUAUAAGGCGAAACUUGCUUUGGACGGCCUUGAAGUUCCAGCUAGGUAAGGAACUGGUUUUUGGUAAACAGGUGCAUUACUAGGGUUUCUUCCUGCUGCGAUAACAUUCCCAUCCUCAAUAAUCACAUAGCAGUUCAAUAAAAAAAAAGUAUAUUCAAAUAAAGCACAGUCUAAAAUCAUUCACCAAUCCAUGUUUGUCAUUGCUUCCCCACCCCCUUCUUUAAAUUUUGGCCCAGCAGCACUUUGUUGUUGCUCUGGAUUGAUACCCUCAAAUUAUCCACUCAUAGUUUAUUGUUGAUCAUUUAUGUUUCUCUCUUAAUUAUUUCUUUAAUAGAUGAUAAAACAAUAUAUCAGACCAAAUCUGUUAAUGAGUGGAUUUCUUUAUGCAUUAUUAGGCUAUAAGGGGUGAUGUUCCCAUUAUUCUUUCAUAAAAUAUACUGCUAACAAGUAACAAUAACUAAAAUAUUGCUUUAUUAUGCCUGAUGUUUCAUGUUUUUCAUUUGCCAUUUUUCUCUGUCUGGAACAAUAUUACGGUCUUUAUUUGAUUUUGUGAAGUUCCUACCAUUGUUUUUGUAGGCCUUAUGUCAGCUAGACUAUUGGUAUACGUAUUUGGUAUAAAAAUGCGCUGUGAGCAUUGUAUUGCCUUUUGAGAUGUAAGAACCUGGUCCUUGGGACAUUUCUUCAUACAAUGACCAUAUUUACACAUAGUUUAGGCCUGGUUUCUGGUAGAGAUCAUCUCUUUUGUAAUAGUCUAUUGCUGUAAUCUUUGAUAGUUAUGUGGUGACGGUACACUGCUAUAAAUGGCUUUGUGGACAGUAAUGAAUAGUUGAUGCAAAGAUUAUCUGUCCCUUUUAGUAUCUUGUGGAGCAUAAUAAGAAAAAAAAAAGGUUCCUUGCUACUGGAAUAUAUAUGAGAAUACUGUUAGAAAAGUUGGAGGUGGCUAAUCCGAUAAGAAGCUUCUUUUUCCAUGCAACAAGACAUGUAGAGAUGGAAGCUCUUGAUAUUGUUCUUGAAUAGUGGCAAAGGACUGGAUUAUUGGCUGCAGAAGUUGCAGAGAAGUUUUCAGUAUGCUCUCUAUAUGGGACAUGUGAACCGUGCACAAUGAAAAUAAAUGGAGUCAUGGGAAUUCUGGAUCAAAGGGUUUCAAAUGAAGUGGAUAUAUAAUGGCAUCAGAAGCAAUUUCUCCUCUGCCAGAUUUUUAUGAA